AUGACGGACUAUAGAAACAGACAUCAAAGAAUGGAGACUACAUACCACAACACAGUGGGGAGCUUUUACUCUUCAUUACCCAAACAGUGGGGAGCUUUUACUCUUUACUACACAACACAGUGGGGAGCUUUUACUCUUCACUACACAAAACAGUGGGGAGCUUUUACUCUUUACUACACAACACAGUGGGGAGCUUUUACUCUUUACUACACAAAACAGUGGGGAGCUUUUACUCUUUACUACACAAAACAGUGGGGAACUUUUACUCUUCAUUACACAACACAGUGGGGAGCUUUUACUCUUCAUUACACAACACAGUGGGGAACUUUUACUCUUUACUACACAAAACAGUGGGGAGCUUUUACUCUUCAAUACACAAAACAGUGGGGAGCUUUUACUCUUUACUACACAAAACAGUGGGGAGCUUUUACUCUUUACUACACAAAACAGUGGGGAGCUUUUACACUUUACUACACAAAACAGUGGGGAGCUUUUACUCUUCAUUACACAACACAGUGGGGAACUUUUACUCUUCAUUACACUACACAGUGGGGAGCUUUUACUCUUCAUUACACAAAAGGGUGGGGAGCUUUUCACAGUAUCAGCUGGACCUUGGCCAAAUCUCAUUGA